AUGCAAAAUCUCGACUACACCUGUUAUAUUGAUAUUGACUUCGAUUUCAUCGAGUUUUAUAUUAAGUCUCUUUGUUGGGUCUUGAUAUUUCACUGCGAAGGUUGCCGGCGCCGCAGUCACGACUAUCACGAAUCCCCAAAAUCUGACUUCUUUGUUUAUUACCCACGACUUCGGUUUAUAUCCUUGGUCCUUUUGUUUUAUGCUUGGCAUUUGAGUCUCGCGAUCAACAUUUCAAGGAUCCUUUCCAACCCUUCUAAGCCACAUGAUGUAUUUCAUCGCUCUCGCCUCUCGUCACUUGUGACAUAA